AGUCCCAGCUUACUCUCUCCCAUCUCUCUCUCCCUCCCUCAGUCUCUCUGGUAAAAACACAUCUCUCUGUCUCUCUGCUAAAAAACACAAUCAGAAGAAGAAACGCCCAUACUUUAUCAUCUAAAUGUGCAGCUUUUACACUCUUAUCUGAUUAUUUUGUUAUAUAUAGUCACUGAAAAACCCCAUUUUUUUAUUUUUGUCAAGAAAUAUUCUGAUCUGAUCUCAAACCCCAUUUUUCAAGAAAAUAGAAAAUAUUGCAUUUUUGGUGGGUUCCAGUAUUUUGGUUAUAUAGGGUAUUAUGUUUACUGAAGGCCUUGACAAAUCUGCUCUUCGUUGGGUUAAAGAGGGUUCUCUGAAUAACAAAAAAGAAGUUCCAAUGUCAAUGUCUAGUCAAAGACCUAGGAUAGAUCCUGUUACUACUGUCAGAACUGGUACUAGAGGUUUUGGGUUGCCUCCAACUUCGAAGUUCCGAAGUGGGCAUUUACCGGAUAGGAUUCCAGUUUCAAGAACUAUUCCGCGCCAGUAUGAUGACAGUAGAUCAGAAUCGGAAAAUGAUAUGAGUACAGAUUCAGAGGAGGGGGUUUAUGGAGGGAGGUAUUCUUUGGAUUCGUCACCGCAGGAUGAUAGAGCAUCUAGCAAUGCAGCAGCUAGAAGGUAUUUUAAUCCUGCGGAAAGGAGGGUUCAGUAUGGUAGUGAUAGUGUGUAUUCAGAGGAUGUUAGUUCGUCAAGAGAAACGUUAGGAAGAGGGCGUGGGGUGGUGGUAGACAGGCUGAUGAAGGGUGCAAAUAGGUACCCUGUUGGAAGCAAUGGCUACACCGAGGAAGAAUCGUCAGAUUCUGCGUGCAGCUCGGAAUUCUCAUCAACUCAAGUGCCAAGGAGUGAUAAAGGGUUACCCGGUAGCAAGGCAUAUCUUUCCGAGGGAUAUGCUUCUAGUGUGCCUUCAUGGAUAAACAAGCAAUCUGCCUCCAACAAGAAUCAGAAGCUUUCUGAUGAUGAUAAUCCAAGCGCACCUCCAUUUUCUGAUGCUGGUGGGGAGAUCAAGCAAGAACCGAGCCCUGCCUCCAGCAGACCAAAUGGCAUGCCUUCUGCAGCAGUUGGUUCAGAAACAAAAACUACAACGGCUACUUUACAGAAUAAUAUCCGCCAGGAGAUGCCUAAAACGUCUGUGAGGACUGCAGCAAGUGCAGAAAAUGGUGUGCCUUCAGGUUCAUUUCCAGCUCGGAUUCCCACAUUUCAUGCAAGUGCGCUAGGUCCGUGGCAUGCUGUAAUAGCAUAUGAUGCAUGUGUUCGACUAUGCCUUCAUGCUUGGGCAAAGGGUUGCAUGGAAGCACCAAUGUUUCUUGAGAAUGAAUGUGCACUGUUGAGGAAUACGUUUGGAUUGCAGCAAGUCCUGCUGCAGUCAGAGGAGGAAUUGUUGCUGUCCAAGCGUACUUCAGAACUCGCUGGUGAAGGAGCUAUUCCCAAGCCCAAGAAAAUGGUUGGGAAGAUGAAGGUGCAAGUUCGCAAGGUCAAAAUGUCGCUGGACCCCCCUACAGGAUGCAGUUUUUCAAAUGUGAGAGCACCAAAGCUUAAGUUGGAAGUUAUAAAGGACCGCUUCUCCAAUUUUCAGUCAACGGUCUCUUCUGGAUGGCAAGCAGUCCGGAGUGUUCAUUUUGCACCCAGGGUGGCUGGAAAUGGCUCUUUUUCACGCCAAAGUUUAGCAUAUGUGCAGGCCAGCACACAAUAUCUGAAACAAGUAUCUGGACUCCUAAAAACUGGUGUAGCAACUUUGAGAAGUAGUCCAUCUUCCUAUGAAGUUCAAGAAACAUACUCCAGUUUGCUACGACUGAAAAGUUCAGCUGAAGAGGACGCCAUUAGGAUGCAACCUGGAUCUGGUGAAACACAUGUAUUUUUCCCGGAUAGUCUAGGAGACGAUUUGAUUGUUGAAAUCCAGGAUUCCACUGGAAAAUAUUAUGGUCGUGUUGUGGCUCAAGUUGCUGCCAUCUCUGAAGAUCCGGGUGACAAACUUCGGUGGUGGUCUAUUUUUCGUGAGCCAGAACACGAACUUGUUGGAAAAUUACAGCUUUUUAUAAAUUACUCAACAACUUUGGAUGAGAAUAGUCAUCUUAAGUGUGGCUCUGUUGCUGAGACAGUAGCAUAUGAUCUAGUACUGGAAGUUGCAAUGAAAGAUCAACAUUUUCAGCAAAGGAAUCUGUUAGUCCAUGGUCCAUGGAAGUGGCUGCUCAUCGAAUUUGCAUCAUAUUUUGGAGUUUCUGAUGCAUACACUAAACUAAGAUACCUCUCUUAUGUGAUGGAUGUUGCCACGCCAACUGCAGACUGCCUUACUCUUGUGCAUGAUUUAUUAAUGCCCGUAGUACUGAAGGGAAACUGUAAGAGCACCCUAAGUCAUCAAGAGAACCGUAUUCUGGGAGAAAUUGAGGAUCAGCUCGAACAAGUCUUUGCCCUUGCUUUUGAGAAUUACAAGUCUCUAGAUGAGUCAGCACCAUCUGGGAUGAUGGAUGUUUUCAGGCCUGCUACAGGGAGUGCAGCACCAGCGUUGGAGCCAGCUGUUAAAUUGUACACGCUUCUACAUGAUAUAUUAUCACCUGAAGCUCAAAACAAACUAUACAGCUACUUUCAGGCUGCUGCAAAAAAGAGAAGUAGAAGGCAUUUGACAGAUACAGAUGAAUAUGUCAGCGGGAACAAUGAAGGCAUGCUGGCUGAUGUUGUUUCUAUUACAACUGCAUAUCAGAAAAUGAAAUCUCUUUGUAUGAACAUCAGGAAUGAGAUUUUUACUGAUAUAGAGAUCCACAAUCAACAUAUACUUCCCAGUUUUAUAGACCUGCCCAAUCUUUCGACAGCGAUAUAUAGCGCAGAGUUAUGCAACAGACUGCGUUCAUUUCUCAUUGCAUGUCCACCAUCAGGCCCUUCACCUCAUGUAACUGAGCUUGUGAUUGCAACCGCAGAUUUUCAAAGGGAUCUGUCUAGCUGGAAUAUCAAUCCUGUUAAAGGUGGAGUUGAUGCAAAAGAACUGUUCCAUUUGUACAUCAUGCUCUGGAUUCAAGAUAAGCGGCUUGCUUUGCUCGAGACAUGCAAAUUAGACAAGGUUAAAUGGUCUGGAGUCAGGACACAGUACUCAACAACUCCAUUUGUAGAUGAGAUGUAUGAUCGUUUGCAAGAGAUUUUAAAUGAUUAUGGUGUCAUUAUUAGUCGCUGGCCAGAAUAUACUUUUGCUUUGGAGAAUGCUAUUGCUGACAUUGAGAAGGCAGUUGUUGAAGCCCUAGACAAACAGUACGCAGAUGUUGUAUCUCCAUUGAAGGAGAACAUGGCUCCCAAGAAAUUUGGCCUCAAAUAUGUGCAGAAGCUAGCUAAACGAUCUGUCGGUCUUUAUGUGGUGCCUGAAGAGCUUGGCAUUCUGUUAAACUCAAUGAAGAGGAUGCUUGAUGUUCUCCGCCCAAAAGUUGAGCAUCAACUGAAGUCAUGGGGUUCAUGCAUACCUGAUGGAGGAAACACAGCUCCUGGAGAGCGUUUAAGUGAAGUGACAGUGAUGCUUCGAUCCAAGUUUAGGACUUAUUUGCAAGCUGUUGUAGAAAAGCUUGCUGAAAAUACAAGGUUACAGAGCGGUACAAAACUGAAAAAGAUUCUCCAAGAUUCAAAGGAAUGUGUAGGUGAAGCAGACGUAAGAAGCCGCAUGCAACAACUAAUAGAGCAGCUUUCAAAUACUAUAAAUCAUCUUCAUAGUAUUUUUGAAACACAUGUAUUUGUUGCUAUAUGUCGGGGUUACUGGGACCGGAUGGGGCAGGAUGUCCUAAGUUUCCUAGAGAACAGGAAAGAGAAUAGGUCUUGGUACAAGGGUUCUCGCACUGCAGUAUCUAUCCUGGAUGAUACUUUUGCAUCUCAGCUGCAGCAGCUGCUGGGAAAUGCCCUUCAAGAGAAAGACAUAGAACCUCCUAGAUCAAUCAUCGAAGUGCGCUCGAUGCUAUGCAAAGACACUGCCAGUCAGAAGGGAAAUACUUACUAUUAUUAGCAGAAUUUUUUUUUUAUGUUGUAAAUAGUAGAUAAACGGGAGGCUGGGACGACAUGUCCUGAUACAAGUUUUCCGGAUGCAAAGACGUUUCUUGGUCGGCCUCACCAUUCAUGUUGGCUUGUUGAAUAGAUGACCAGGAAUAACCAUGCCAUUUCCAGUUACCGCCAAUCAAAAUUUUGUCCAAGGAUAGAUACAUCGAGUUCCCAGAUUCACCUAAAGCAUUUUUCCUUUUUUCCCAACUACAUUUCAUAUAGAAGCUAGUUCACUGACUUUUAUUCUAAUAUAUAUGCGACGACAAUAUUUUAGUCU